AUGCAUCGUAGUAACUUGAGCCUAGCGUCUUUAGACCAUCAUGAAGAAGAUGAUCACCCAUUUACUGAGGAGAGUAAACAGAAGGCUAUGGAAUCGAUGGCGCCAAUUUUAGAAGGGUUCAAUCCAAAGACUUCUAUCAGUGAGAACAAAUCAUAUAAACUUCCUCCAACGGGUACAUCUAGAUCUGAUUCCAUUGACGAGUUCGAUUUAGACAAUGGCAUUCCAAUUGAUGUUGAAGCAAAACCUUGUAACACAAUAGAACCUGAUCUGAUAAGUCCGAAGACUCAUACAUUUGAUGCAACAUGUUUAAAUGAACCUGCAAAGAACGAUGACAAGCAAACCCAUUCUGUUGAACCUCUUUUUGUUAAUAACCCUUAUGACAACUGUACGCAUGAAAAUUCUACUCCUUUAGUAGACACUAAUGAAUCUAUUAUAUCUGCUUCAACUUCCCAUCUUUCGGUUGAACCACAAGCAAUCCCUUCAUCAGCACCUAGCUCUACUGCCUCUUCUAGGAAAUCUUCAACGAGUCAACUAAAACCAGUACUACCAAAGAUUGGUAAGAUUGGUAUUUGUGCCAUGGACGCCAAAGUAUUAUCCAAACCAAUGCGCCAUAUUCUGAACCGUCUUAUUGAACAUGGAGAAUUUGAAACUAUUAUAUUCGGUGAUAAAGUUAUCUUAGAUGAAACUAUAGAAAAUUGGCCAACAUGUGAUUUCCUAAUCUCAUUCUUUUCAUCUGGGUUUCCAUUAGAUAAAGCAAUUAAUUAUGUGAAGUUGAGAAAACCAUAUUUCAUUAAUGAUUUAGUGAUGCAAAAAGCGCUGUGGGACAGACGUUUAUGUUUACAGAUUCUUGAAGCAAACCAUGUUCCAACUCCACCAAGAUUAGAAAUUACCAGAGAUGGGGGUCCACAUGCGGAUGAAGAAUUAAAAGCAAAAUUGUUGGAACGAGGUGUGGUCGUUUCUCUUACUCCUGAACCUGUAUGGAGAAUGAGUGACGAAGAUACUCUAGAAGUUAAUGGCAAGGUAAUGAAAAAACCAUUUGUUGAGAAACCAGUGGAUGGUGAAGACCACAAUAUCUACAUUUAUUACCAUUCCAAAAAUGGUGGUGGUGGUAGAAGGUUGUUUCGUAAAGUAGGGAAUAAAUCUUCUGAAUUUGAUCCGACCUUAAUAAAUCCAAGAACUGAGGGUUCCUAUAUCUACGAAGAAUUUAUGGAUACAGAUAACUUUGAGGAUGUUAAAGCUUAUACCGUAGGGGAGAAAUUCUGUCACGCUGAAACAAGAAAAUCACCAGUUGUGGAUGGUAUUGUUAGAAGAAACACUCAUGGCAAAGAAGUCAGAUAUAUAACUGAGCUAACUACAGAAGAAAAAGAUAUGGCGAGACAUGUGUCCAAGGCAUUUUCCCAAAUGAUAUGUGGGUUUGAUUUAUUACGAGUCUCUGGAAAGAGUUACGUUAUUGAUGUAAAUGGGUUUUCGUUUGUCAAGGAUAAUCCAACUUAUUACGAUUCAUGUUCAAAGAUAUUAAGAGAAACAUUCUUACAAGCUAAAAAGAAACUCGAUGUAGAAAAGAGAACUCUGCCAUUGAUUAGGGAGGAAAAAAGUCAAAAAUGGGUUUUCAAAGGUCUAGUAACCGUUAUUCGUCAUGCAGAUAGAACACCUAAACAAAAGUUUAAACAUUCCUUUACGUCGCCAAUAUUUAUUUCCUUACUAAAGGGUCAUAAGGAAGAAGUUGUAAUCCGUCACGUCUCUGAUUUGAAGAUCGUGUUGCAAGCAUUAAAAAUAGCAAGGGAACAAAAAGCUGGAGACCCUGCUAAGCUUAAAGUGUUAGCAAAUGCGUUAGAGAAAAAGAUGGAACUACCUGGGACGAAGAUUCAGUUGAAGCCCGUAUUAAAUAAAGAAAAUGAAGUAGAGAAAGUCCAAUUUAUCCUAAAAUGGGGUGGUGAACCAACGCACUCUGCUAAGUACCAGGCUACAGAACUAGGGGAACAAGUUAGACAAGAUUUUGACUUACUUAACAAAAGUAUUUUAGAUGAUAUCAAAAUUUUCUCUUCGUCGGAGAGGAGAGUUUUGCUCUCUGCACAGUACUGGACAAUGGCAUUAUUUGGUGCUGACAAGUUAGGAAGCGAUGAAAUUAGUAUUAGGAAAGAUUUGCUAGAUGAUAGUAAUGCAGCCAAGGACUUAAUGGAUAAGGUGAAGAAGAAGUUAAAACCACUUUUAAGAGAAGGUAAGGAAGCGCCAUCACAAUUUGCAUGGCCAGCUAAGAUGCCAGAACCAUAUUUGGUUAUAAAAAGAGUUGUUGAGUUAAUGAAUUAUCACAAAAAAAUUAUGGAUUGCAAUUUUAAAAAUAAGGAUGUAGACAAAUUCCAAUCUAGAUGGUGUUGUAAUGAAGAUCCUAGUUUAUUCAAGGAAAGAUGGGAGAAAUUAUUUAAGGAAUUUACAAGUGUUGAGAAAGUCGACCCUUCUAAAAUAUCCGAAUUAUAUGAUACUAUGAAGUACGAUGCCUUACACAAUAGGAAAUUUUUAGCCAAAAUUUUCGACCCCAUUGAAUCACAAGAUGAAAUUGAUCAGGAAGUUAUUGACCAUUCACUUGUGGAUCGUUACCCAAUAAAUGUUUUAGCAAAGAACAAUUUUAAAAUAGUGGAUAGCCACAGUACUACUAACAAUAAGACAAGUGUAGGCUCUCUUGGGUGGGUUCUGGAGAGUGAAAAAAGACCAAAAAGAGAUAAUGCAUCCACAUUUGAUGACUCAAAAUACAUCCAAUUAAGAGAAUUAUACAAGCUGGCUAAAGUACUAUUCGAUUUUAUAUGUCCAAAGGAAUAUGGUAUUAAAGAUAGCGAAAAAUUAGACAUUGGCCUUUUAACCUCUUUACCAUUGGCAAAGCAAAUCUUAAAUGACAUUGACAACAUGAAAAAUAAGGAUAAACCGGCUUGUGUCGCAUAUUUUACAAAGGAAUCACACAUUUACACUCUUCUAAAUAUUGUAUAUGAAUCUGGCAUCCCAAUGAGAAUUGCAAGAAAUGCAUUGCCAGAAUUUGAUUACCUAUCACAAAUCAACUUUGAAUUAUACGAAAGUAGUGAUAGCAGUGGAGCGAAGUCUCACUCUAUUAGAUUAAAAAUGUCUCCAGGUUGCCAUACCCAGGACCCAUUGGAUGUCCAAUUAGAUGAAAGACAUUACAUCAGUUGUAUUCCUAAGUUAUCCCUAACUAAGCAUCUGGACAUAGAUUAUGUUCAACAAAAACUAAGAAAUAAAUUCGGAAGAGUCAAUAUGCCACAAAAAUUCACACCUGUGAAUAUCACUAGUCCAAAUUUAAGUUUUCAACGAAGAAGAAACUCUAAAGUUGGGAAAGAUGUCAAUGUUACCAACGACUUAGAGUCGGGGAAUUCAUCUCUCUCUGUUUCACCAAUUCCAACUAGUACUACCCCAAACAUUUCAUCUACCUCUAUUGAUGAUAAAUUAGAGUAA